ACAGUACUGCUCAAGGUCACCUUAGCAGACGACGUAUAAUAUUGACAUUAUUUUUCAACCGUUUUUUUUAUUCUAAUACAAAUUUUACUCUCUAACAAACAGUUCAUUUAGAAUUAUGGAAAUUUAGUUUGAGAGCUAUUUAUCAUAUAGAUAAUUAGCAUUUGCAAUAGUCUAUUAGUAUCAAAGUAUCCUUAGAUUUGAAGAACGAUAAUUGAUAUAAAAUAUAGAGAGCAAAAUGAAUAUUAUCACUAAAAGUAACUUGUUAAAGUUACAAUGUAACUUUAUUAAACAAGGGUUAGUUUCAUUUCACGGGACAAGUCAAAAGUCUGCGAUUGAAAUAAAAGUUGAUUAUAAGAUGAAAAAUAAAGAAGGUAUGAUUGAAAACAAAUCGGAAAUGAUAUCAAAAGAAGAUGAAACUGUUCAGAAAACAUUUCAUGGUCUUAUAAAAGGCGAGCGUUCAAGCUUAGCUAAAAGUAUAACAAUGUGUGAAUCAGUUCAUCCAAAAAAAAAGGCUCAAGCUCAAGUUUUGCUUGCCGAAGUUCUCGAAUACAAUAAGAAAAAGGGUAGAAAACGAAACGCCAAGAGUAACGCCCUACCAAUGACGAAACACGCAUCCUUAAAACAUGGAACAUUUAGAAUUGGUCUCUCUGGACCUCCAGGUGCGGGAAAAAGUACUUUUAUCGAGGCAUUUGGUAAAUUCUUAACUGAACGAAAGCAUAAAGUUGCCGUCUUAGCCGUUGAUCCUAGUUCAAGUACUACAGGAGGUUCUUUAUUGGGAGACAAAACGCGUAUGCCUGAAUUAUCGGUUGACGCUAACGCUUAUAUCAGACCUUCACCAUCCUCCGGAACACUUGGUGGAGUUACAAGAUCUACAAACGAGGCAAUUGUUCUCUGCGAAGGAGCAGGUUACGAUACUAUUCUUGUUGAGACAGUUGGAGUUGGACAAUCCGAGUUCGCAGUUGCUGAUAUGGUUGAUCUAUUCGUUCUCAUUCUACCACCAGCAGGUGGAGAUGAACUUCAAGGCAUUAAGAAGGGUAUAGUUGAAGUUGCUGAUUUAAUUGUUAUAAACAAAUCCGAUGGAGAUUUAGUAGCGGCGGCAAGAAGAAUCCAAAUGGAGUAUAUAUCUGCACUGAAAUUUAUAAGACGAAGAAGCAAAGUAUGGAAACCAAAAGUAAGAAGAAUUUCAUCAAAAACUAAAGAAGGUAUUGAAGAUCUUUGGGAAAAGAUGAAAGAAUAUAGGAAUCUCUCGCUAGAAAGCGGUGAACUGGAAACGAAAAGAAUGAAUCAACAAAAGAUUUGGAUGUGGAGUCAUAUAAAACAUGAGAUUAUUGAUAUAUUUAAAAACCAUUCUCAUGUAAAAGACAAAGUAGAUACUUUGGAAAAAGAGGUCUCGUUGGGUAAUAUUACUCCUGGUUACGCAGCUGAUACUCUGCUUAGUUUAUUCAAGAGCAAGAAACUCUAGAACAGUUUAAAGAACGAUUAGGCAUAUAAAUUAUUAAUUAACUGUUAAUUUGUAUUUUAUUUGAAAAGAAUAACAUUGAAAAAUGAUUAAAUAUUUUUUCGGAAUUAAGAUUAAAAGGUCUUUUCCUUGAAUUUGAAUAAUAUAUUAUUUUAUUGAGAAUGGAGAUGAUACCGUUGGAGAGAUAGGAACAGAGGAGGAGGUGGACGAAGAAGAAAAGGGAAAUGUAGAGGAUAAAAUAUUACUACUAUUUAUUAUUUCUUUUACAUCUGUUUUCGUAUUCGAAACCCUUUUUUGUUGCAUUCUUUUAAUGAUUAUUCUAUUUACCAAACAAAAUAUAAUAGAAGAGGUAAACAAACAUCCAAAGAUUGUUAAUUGUCCCAAUAGACUUAUUUUCAUCUCUUUUCUUCUAUUUCGAUAUUCGAAAUCGUCUCCGAAACAAUUAUAAUGAGGUUUUGAAGGUUUUGGAUUAUUGCAUUUUCUAGUUCGAAAGCUCUUCCCUUUAAUGUUUGAAUCGAAAUUCCAGUUAGACCAGCUACUCCAUUCUCCAAUAAGCGGUCUCCAGCAAAGUGUUUGAUGCUUCUCCUCGCAAUCGGCUCCUUGCCAUUGUAUUUCUUUUUCUUCGAUCAUGGCCAAGUAACAAUCACCUUCUAAACUACUCACAACUUUCUCAUCUACUACGUCAGUAUCGUUCCAAACGAAAGAGUCCCAUACAAAAGUUCUUUCGGGUCCUUUCAUCUUACGUAUACCUAACCAAAGAGUCAUGUUUUUAAAAGCAUUACGAAGAAAUCUGACCAGAUUUGAAGCUUUUUGAACAUUUGAUAAUUUAAAUAGAUGCAAACCGAGAUUCUGACAAUAUUGAACACCUUCCUCAUAAGUUAAAUAUCCUCCGUAUGACAAACAAUAACCGCUUAAUUCGUCAUAAUAAAAGAUUGGUAAUUGACAAACGUUGGACGUAAAAAUACAACGCUUAUCAGUCAAUCUGUAAAGUCUUUCUAAACUGCUAGAUUUCGAUUUCAAAAAAGAACAAAACGAUGUUGAUUUAACACAUUUAUAUCUUUUAUCUUCUAUCUUUAGUGAAUAAACUUCCCUACAAAGUUUAUCUUGUAAGCACCAAUUGAUACAGAGUUCAAAUGAUAUCAUAUUUUCAACGCUAUGCUGUAUUGUUGGAAUACUUAGAAAUUUAUUCAAGCUAACUUCUGAAUCAUCUCUUUGAGUAGCAAUCAUAGAUUGGCAAAUAUCCUUAGUUCUUAGGUGACCAUAAAAUUCAAUUUCAACUGCCAUAUGAACACUAUUCGGACUUGUAAAUUGCCAGCAACGUCGAACUUGUCUCUCUUCUAAGCUUUGCGUACCGCAGGGACUCUCUAAAAACUCUUCAGCAGGUCCAGGAUCGUUACACUUUCUUGUUCUAUAUUGUUUAAUAUUCGUAACAGACUUAAAGUAGCAAGGACAGUCGGACCAUUUUGUCCAAGGGGACCAACCACCUCUCAGAGGACGUUGGCAAAUUGCUGUUAACUUGGAGAAAUUGCAUAGGAUUUCAUUUUUUAAUGGCAAUCUUCUCCGAUUUAAACCAAACAUAUCCUUCAGAUCAACGGUUCGAUAGCUUACGUAUAAAGCGAUACAAUUCGAUAGAGGAAUGUCAGAUAUGUUUAAGCCUUUUAAUUGAUUAUUAUCCAAGAGUUCAUAUCGUUUUCCAUCGCCAAAAUUAGAGUUAUAAUGAAGUCGAUAAUCGAUUAGUUUUGUUGACAUCCAUACAGUUUCUUUUGAAGGGAAGAGCGUUUUUACAGAUUCAGAUAACAAAUCCGGUCUAAACAUAUUCAUUUCUAUACUCUGACAAUAUUUAGUAGCCUCUCUAUAUGUAACAUUCCUUUUAAUAACAAAACAAACUUUCGUUAAUGCGUCGUACAAGACGUUGUCAAUGGGAACGGUAGAAAAUUUUGAACAUAUAUCAUGAGUUUUUACAUAAAGCCAAUGCCCAGCUGGAAUAUAUGUAUAGGCAUAAUUAGGAUCAGUAUCGCAAUAUCUUUCGGUCAAACCGCAAUAACCAAUAAGUUUAUCAUCUUUCAUAGGAAUAUAUAAAAAUCCAACAUAGGUUUGAGAGUCGGAACAGAUUUUCCUACAUUCGAAAAAUGUCUUACCAACAAUGUACUUUCUUGCGGUAGGAUCAUUACCAUUCUCGUACGGAAUUAUUCUCUCUGUAGAGACAGAGGAGCUAUUCCGUUUAGUAAAACUACCGAAAUGAAAUCGAAAGAGAUGUGUAGGACCACAAAUAUCCCAUAGAGCUGGUCUAAAGAAUUUAAAUGAAUAUUUAAUAGAAGGCAAAGAUUGAAGGACCAUAUCUGGUCUUGGAAGUCUGUCAAAUAUCCUACACCAUAGUUUUAAUGUAAGAGGAGGUUGCGUACAAGAACUAUCACUCUUAAUCUUAAGGAAAGGUAUUUCUAAAAUAUGUCUUGGAUAUAUAUUUUCAUAUAAAUCAAUAAUCGAAUGAUUGAUUUCUAAGCCCAAGUGAUCAUCUUUAAAAGUAAUUGUGGGUUGUAAGUCUGCAUUGAGCCAUAAAUAAUCAAGUCCAAAUGUAGCACAUAAUCCUUUCAUUAAAUAUUUCCUUCUUUCUUGAGCUAAAGCUUUAAUGUUAUUGAUAUUUAUACAUAAAGGUUUAAGCAAACCAUUCCAUCUCAUAUAAAGAAAUCCACAACGGGAAUUUCCGCUAUUAAUUUCAAUUUGAUCAAUAAAACCAAAUAUAUUGACUGUUGCUUUAAUAUGAUCACAAUCGUGAUUAGUAAAUGUUCUCAUUAUAAGAAAGCCAUCAAACGAUU